ACGCGCGUGUCGAGUCUUCAUGCGUCACUGAAAGGCUGUCAGGAGAGCGGCGGCGGCGCCUCAAGAUGACGGCCAGUGUGACACCUCAGUGUGUGGCAAAGAAGUUGGACGGUGGGACGCGGGCAGCUGCUGACUGGGAUAUGGGACAUUUGCAAUAAUGGGAAGGAGCUACUUUGUGGAAGAAGCGGUUGGGCAGUAUCUUUCGGAGCUCGCCACCAACUCGCAAGCCCUUCUCACUGGCCUCUUGGUAGGGCAGUGUUCCCAGCAAAGAGACUAUGUUGUCCUUGCCGUUCGAACACCUCCAAAAGAGGAGGAAAGUAAAAGCAAUACAAGUCGUCGUUCAGAUUUGUCUAAUAUUGAUGAAGAAUGGAUCGCAGCACACGCCAAUCAGGUGUCACGAAUGCUUCCUGGGGGAUUGCUAGUCCUUGGUGUCUUUACUGUGGCAGCUCCAGAGUUGGCAAAAGAAAUCCAAAAUACCCUAAGGAAGCUUGUGUUUUCAGUAGAAAAAUCUGUAGCUAGAAAGAGGUUGUGGAACAUCUCAGAAGAAGAUGUGUCUGACAGAGUGGCUCUUCAUCUUUGCUCCGCUACAAAGAAAAUGCUUUGCCGCACUUAUGAUGUACAAGAUCCAAAGAGUACAGCCAAGCCGGCAGACUGGAAAUAUCAGCAUGGGCUUGCCACGUCAUGGCUAUCUUUAGAAUGCACAAUUAAUGCUAAUAUACACAUCCCACUACCAGUGACCUUGGCCAGCCACGACUUAGAGAAAAACACAAGGAAUGGAUUAGCACGAUGGGCCAAACAGAUAGAGGAAGCUGUAUUUCUGAUCAAUGGUCAAGUUAGAGAGGAAGAUGCUGACCUACUGGAAGGGCAGAAAAAGUCUGCAAGAGGAAACACGCCAUCAGCUACUCAGAGCCUUGAUGUUCGGGUUUUAAUGCAAUUGUCACGUAGUUCAAACGCCAGAUCCACAGCAACAGUCCAGAUAUGCAGCGGCUCCAUAAAUCUUAAAGGUGCUUUAAAAUGCAAAGCUUACAUCCAUAAUAACAAGCCCAGAGUUAAAGAUGCUGUUAAGGCCUUGAAGAGAGAUAUAAUAAACACUCUCUCUGAUCGUUGUGAAAUGUUAUUUGAAGACCUGCUUCUAAACGAAACACCAGGAAAGAAAAAUUCUGAAAGGGAGUACCACACUUUGCCUUGCAGAGUGUUUGCUCCCAUCGUUGGGUCCAGUGUGUUGCUGUGUGACUAUAAGUUUGGAGACGAGACAGCCAGGGAAAUCCAAGAGCGCUUCCUUGAGAUGCUGGAUCAAGCUGUUCAACCAGAGGAUUUGCAGACAGCUGAGGAAAUGAAUAUGGUUGAAGUAACCCCCCUGAAGGAAUUCCAAGAUGUUGUGCAAGAGAAACGGUUGACUAAAGAAGUGCUUCUGUUGAAGCUUCAUCAAAAUAUAGGAGUGGUGAUAGCAGUGGUUGUCGCAAUAUCCGCAGCAGCCUUCUCCUUCAACUACUUCAGCGAUUAAGAGCCAACCUGAAAACUCCAGCUGCCCCAGAUGCCCUCUAAAGAUGCACGCUUCCAGAACCGAUUGCUUUAACAACCAAGUGUGUCACCUAACAACACCAAUUAACAGAAGCUAUCCUUAUUUAGAACAGCUAUCCUGUUUCUGCAUGCCAUAGUGUAGGUGGUAUGAUUUUUAAGAGGGUAUGUGUGGGGGGAGACCAAUACUAUCAAUUGGCAGAUUAAUACGACAUUACUUUCCCAGAUUCACAAAGAAUGUCUACUUACCUUUCCGCUUACUAAUUAAAAGGACCAUUGUUAAAGUUG